AUGGCACUAGGUCGUGGACACAAAUCUACGAAAGCAUAUAUAGCAGUUUUUAUAUGUCUUACAAUUAAAGCGAUUCAUAUUGAACUCGUAAGUGACUACAGCUCGUCAGCAUUCCUAGCAGCUUACCAAAGAUUUGUGUCUCGGCGAGGUUUUCCAGUGGCGAUGUACUCGGACAACGGAACGACAUUUCAAGGCGCGAAUCGUGAACUCACGUCCGCGUACCAUUCUGUAAUUCAGAACUCGGAUCUCAGAAACAAUCUAGCGUCGCGCGGCGUUGCAUGGCACUUCGUGCCCCCGAAUGCACCUCACUUUGGAGGCUUGUGGGAGGCCGCCGUAAAAAGCCUAAAACACCACAUGAAACGCACUAUAGGGUCUUAUACGUUAACGUUCGAAGAGAUGUCAACCUUAUUGUGUCGCAUAGAAGCGUGUUUGAACGCACGACCAUUAGCACCAAUGUACGAGUGCAUUGAUGACUGUCAAGCGUUGACACCAGGCCACUUCUUAAUCGGGACCCCUCUUGUUGCACCACCAGAACCAAGCGUACUCGAGCUGAGGGAUAAUAGGUUAUCUCGCUAG